AUCUCGGUUCAGUGAAGAUCUUACAGAAGUGAUAUGUGGUUCCGUUUUGGAGAUGUGUUGUCACUCGCCAGCCUGGCACUAGUCCUGGUGGGAGUGACCGCCAUUAGUCAGAAGCGGCAGCAGGUUGACGAAGAUGCCGAACUGGUAGCCCUGAAGUAUGUCAACGAGUUGGAACAGGAAGUGCUGACAAGGAACAACGAAGCGACCGAAGCAUCCUGGGCGUACGAGUCCGAUAUCAACGAGGAGAAUCUGAAACUGCGGAACGAGGUGCAAACGCGGAAUGCCAACUACUUCAAGGAAAUCGCCCGCGAGCUGCGAAAAUUCGACUACAGCAGCUUCAAGGAUGAGGUACUGAAGCGCAAAAUCGAAAAGAUGACUCAGCUGGGCUACGCGGCGCUACCGGAGGAAAAGUUCACCCAACUGUUGGAUUCCAUUUCGGGCAUGUCGGAGAACUACGCCACGGUAAAGGUGUGCGAUUACAAAAUCCGUGAAAAGUGCGAUCUCUCGCUAGAGCCGGAAUUGACGGAGAUUUUGGCCACCAGCCGGGAUCCGGAGGAGCUAAAAUACUACUGGGUUCAGUGGUACGACAAGGCUGGCACUCCAACCCGGAAGGACUUUGACAGCUACGUAGCCCUGAAUGGGGAGGCUGCGCGGUUGAAUAACUUUACAUCGGGAGCGGAAGCCUGGCUGGAUGCAUACGAGGACGAAACCUUUGAAGCCCAAGUAGAUGCAGCUAUUGAAGAGAUUAGACCGCUAUACGAACAAAUUCAUGCCUAUGUAAGACAUCAGCUUCGCGAGCGAUAUGGAGAUGCAGUAGUACCUGAGAAGGGUCCCAUUCCGAUGCAUUUGUUGGGUAAUAUGUGGGCACAGACUUGGGACAAUGUGGCAGAUAUAACCACGCCGUUCCCCAAGAGCCGCCAGCUGGACGUCACCGAUGAGAUGGUUACCCAGGGCUACGAUUCCCUAAAGAUGUUCCACAUGGGUGAUGAAUUCUUCGUUUCCCUCAAUAUGACUAAACUACCUCAAACUUUCUGGGAAAAGAGUAUCCUGGAGAAACCAACCGACGGUCGUGAACUUGUUUGCCACGCCAGCGCCUGGGACUUUUACAAAACGGAUGAUGUUCGCAUUAAACAGUGCACCCGAGUCACCAUGGAGGACUUUUUCACCGUUCAUCACGAGUUGGGCCACAUUCAGUAUUUCCUUCAAUAUCAACAUCAACCCAGUGUCUUCCGGGAAGGCGCCAACCCUGGCUUCCAUGAGGCCGUCGGAGAUGUACUUUCACUGUCUGUUUCAACCCCAAAACAUUUGGAGCGCAUUGGUCUCCUGAAGGAUUUCGUCCUGGACGAUGACGCCAAAGUUAAUCAGUUCUAUCGUGCCGGUCUUGGGAAGCUGGUAUUUCUGCCAUUCGCUUACACCAUCGAUAAGUACCGCUGGGGAAUCUUCCGGGGUGAAAUCAAACCGGACGAGUACAACUGCAAGUUCUGGGAAAUGCGAACCAAAUUCUCCGGAAUCGAACCACCGGUAGUGCGCAGCGAGCAAGACUUUGACGCACCGGCUAAGUAUCAUGUUUCGGCAGAUGUCGAGUACCUGCGCUAUCUGGUAUCCUACAUCGUUCAGUUCCAAUUCCAUCGGUCAGCCUGCGAACUGGCAGGAGAGUACGUGAAGGGUGAUCCGGAAAAGACGGUGAACAACUGCGACAUCUACCAGAGUGUGAACGCUGGCAAUACCAUCAAGGAAAUGCUGGCAAUGGGAUCCUCGAAACCCUGGCCGGAUGCAAUGGAGGUGUUGACCGGGCAGAGAAAGAUGAGUGCCGAUGCACUGCUGGAGUACUUCCAACCGCUGUACGACUGGCUGGUGGUGGAAAAUAAACGGCUUGGCGCGUACGUUGGCUGGGAGCUGUCGGAUAAGUGCAAAUCCAAAUAGAACGAGGGAGAAGAUACAUAUGAACAUAAAAUGCAGUAUCGAGAUUCAGAGACUAAUAAAAAAUAUGUGCGCUGUUAAGUUGUAUUUUUUUAACCGCAUUCAUUCCCAUGUUGUUU